GUUAAAUUUUUAAACAGACCUUCGAAGAAAAAUCAAAGCUGCAGCGGAACUUUGGAAUCAAAGCAUUCGUUUGACCGUCAGUUUCUUGCUCAAACUUAAAACGCUAGCGUUCUCGUGUGACCGUGAAGUGCACGGAUUCCCGUUACGUAGUGGAUUUUCUCCAGGUAAUGUCCCAACAACCGAAGAAGCGUCGUGUAAAACGCUCCAAGAUGGAAACUUCUUUAACGAACUCCGAAGUCAAAAAAGAACCGAAGCCAACUGAUAUCGAGAUGAAAGAUCAGAUUCCGCCGGCAGUUCCUUCGUCGUCCCCGAUGCCGCCUGGCGAAUGCAGUUCUUGCAAGGAAACGGUGGAGAAACCGGUUACCUGCGGCAGCUGCGAAAAGUUAUUUUGCUGGAAAUGCUUUGAUGUUUGGCUCUCGUUUACACCGCGCACCAUCUGCCCGGUUUGCGUAGCGGAAAUGAAGAAAAAGGUCGAAAGCUGCCCAGACCACGACCAGGAGUUGAAUCUAUUCUGCCUGACCUGCGGUAUACGGAUUUGCAGCGGAUGCUUUCUGCACACCGCCAACCACAAGCGGCAUCAGAUUGAUGACCUGGACGUGGUGUAUCGGGAGAAGCUGGCCGAUACCAAUGGAAAGCUAAACGUGGUCGGCGAAGUGCUGCAGCAGUUUAAAUCCGUCGUCGAAACAACCGAGUUCAACGAGGGAUUGAUUGAAAAAACCGAGCAGGACAUCCAGACCGAGCUGGGUCAGUUGAUGGAGAAAGCCAAAUCGGAAGCCGCUGGUUGGAAGGAGGGGAAAAUGCGCCUGUGCGGGCUGCGGAAGGAAGUGCCAAUUAAGCGGAUGUCAUUGUUUGGAGAGUUGCAGGACAAAAUCAACGGGCUGGCCAAACAUGAUUUCAUCGCCAAAAAGGAAGAGCUGGAACUGGAGGCGGCCGCCUUGGUUCCCAAUGCACAGGCUCUUUUUCCGCCGCCGAUUGACUACCAUGAUUACGAAUGUUCGCUGAUUCCUUUAUGUCGGAUGGUUCCGAUUAUUUUGGAAAAAAUCUCGCUCCAUUUGGAAGAUCCAAAGUAUGACGUCAUCCACAGUGUGGAUGUGUCCGACAGCAGUGAAACAUUUUGGACCAUUCGUGUGUUCAAAGGAAAACAUUUGACUGUGGAUUUUUCUCAGAAACAGCUGUUGAAGCAUAGUCUUUCCUUCCAGCUUUACGUAGAAGUAUUUCACGUUGACCAUCGAAAAACGAUUCGAGUUAUGCAAGAAACCCAAUCUACCAACAGCCACAUCGAGUUGAUAGAAAUGGACAAACUAAAAGAAUCAGGAUACAUAUCCAAUGCUGAUGAGAUCUCAAUGGCAAUCUGGAUCAGACCGACAUCGAUAAUUGUGGAACGACAAGCACUUACUUUGAACUAUUUAGAUCUCAAGCGACAAAAGUUCGAACUGGACACUAAACAUUGUGACGUGGUGUCUAAACUGGCCGAAUCGGAGCAAUUCUCCGUCGGAUAUUUCCGUAUUCCUCUGGAGAGGUUGCAGUUUCCGGAAGACGACGCCACAGUUAAGUUGCAAAUCAAGUCUCACGCAAUCAAAGACUUCAGCGGCCGUUCCUGGUGUCUGUAUGUUGAGCGCGUGAAGGCCAACCGUGUGUGCGCGGAGUCGUACAUCGGUGUGUACUUGAUGCUGUGUUCGCCGUUGAAGAAGAAAUCUUCAACCAUGCGUCGCCGCUACUAUCUGGAGUUGGUCAAUCAAGACCACGAGUACUCCAUUCGUAAGUACGGCAGGGAUAAGUUUGACUCGAAGGCACGAUUCGGCUGGAGCCCAUUCGUUAGAAUGUCACGAGUUCUCGCAGAGAGCGCUGGAUUUGUUAGGAAAGGAGCCAUCGGAUUCCGGUUCGGAGUUCAGAAUAGGAAGCGGAAAUGAGGUUUUGUAAAGUUUUCGUUACGAUUUUAAACUUUUAGUUUAUUAAUUCAGUUUUAAUAUCAUAGAUAUUUGUGUUGAUCGAUUCAGAUCCAUGACUAUUUAGGUUUUUUGUUAUAUGUCUUGAAUUUAUAACAGAGAAAAACAAAUAUUUUAGAUAGCAUUUGUCUGACAGAUGUGGAAGCACUAUUACAUACGUUACAUUUAUACAUAGUCUAA